AUGGAAGGUGGCAUUGAUGAUUUUUUGUUGGAAACUGAGGAUGAGAUCGUUGCGGAGAACAGGAACAUAGUGGAAGAUGAAAUGUUAGGAGAUGAUGGUAUCGUCGUACCUAAGAUCGGAAUGAUAUUUAGCAGUGAGAAUGAAAUGUUUGAAUUGUACAAAGAAUAUGCAUACAGCGUAGGUUUUCCCGUAAAAAAAAGGAAUUCAAAAAAAGGGUCCGGUGGAGUUUUGAGAUUUGUGACAUAUACUUGUGGCCGUGAAGGUCGAAGGCCAAGUACUGCUACCGGAUCUGUAAGGCCACAACCAACAAUUCAAACCAAUUGUAAGGCCCGGAUAAGCGCAUCUUCAGAUGAUCAUGGAUCUUGGAGAAUUAAUGCAGUCCACCUCGACCACAAUCAUGGAACAAGCCCAUCGAAAUCCAGGUUGUUUCGAUGCAAUAGAGAACUGAGUGCACAGGCAACAUCGACAUCGAGCAAAGGAAAGAGGUAUCUUACAAAUAAGUAUGAUAUGCCUUUUGCUCCUUUCGUUGGCGUCAAUCACCAUGGACAAUCAACACUGCUUGGUUGUGAUUUGCUUUCAAACGAGGACACAAAUAGUUUUGUGUGGCUAUUCAGGUCAUGGCUUCAGUGCAUACACAGUGUAGCUCCCCAUGGAAUAAUCACUGAUCAGGAUAGAGCCAUGCAAAAUGCAAUUCAAAUUGUUUUUCCAAAUACAAACCAUAGGUGGUGUUUAUGGCACAUUUUGAAAAAGUUGCCAGAGAAGUUUGGGUACCAUAUUGAUAAGGGUUCUAUAUUUUCUGAUAUACAUGGAUUGGUGUAUGAUUCCCAGUUCGUUGAAGAGUUUGAAGAAGGUUGGAUCGCAAUGAUUAAUAAGUUUGGAUUGCAUGAAAAUGAUUGGUUAUCUGGACUAUACGAGAACAGAAAGCGUUGGGUUCCUUGCUUUCUGAAAACCACUUUUUGGGCAGGGAUGUCAACAACGCAAAGAAGUGAGAGUAUGAAUGCGUUCUUUGACGGAUAUGUACACUCAAAGACUUCAUUGAAACAGUUUGUAGAACAAUAUGAGCGAGCACUAAGGAAUAAGGUUGAAAAGGAAUUUCAAGCUGAUUUCAAAUCAUAUUCACAAAUGCUACCAUGCGAUUCUCGUAAUUUUGAUGAUUCUAUUGCAACUUUUACCGUUGUAUUUAUUUUCCACAUGUGCAUCCAAGGUCCAGAGCAGCAUAUUCGAAGCAAGAACAUCGUGUUUUCUCAGCACAUUGAAGUAAAAGAUAGAGCCAAAACUGUGGUUACUAUUUACAAACGCAAACACUAA